UAUCUUCCUAAAAUCAUAAAGAGAUUUUCUAUAGUAUCACAAUGAGGCCUUCUCUUGCUAUGUUUUCUCUUCUAUUUGCUUUCUUGUUAAGUGGCACCAUAGAAGCAAGGAAAGAUCCUGGGCAGUAUUGGAAAGAGAUAAUGAAAGACCAGCAAAUGCCAGAAGGACUUCAAGGCCUUCUUCCAUUUCAAUUUGAAAAUCAUCCAAAGACUCAAGAGCAAUCUGUUAAAGAUUCCAAGCAUGAAUGCGAAGAACCUCUUGAACCUCGACCAAGUGUUACUAAAUAUAAUGAUUUGGAACCUCGACCAAGUGUUACUAAGUAUGAUGAUUUUGGACUUAAGUUAAGUGCUAGCAAGAAUGAUGAUAUUGAAUCGAGACCAGGUGCUACUAAGUAUGGUGAUUUUGAACCCCGACCAAGUGCUACUAAAUAUGAUGAUUUUGAAGUCAAGUUAAGUGCUAACAAAAAAGAUGAUUUUGAACCUAGACCAAGUGUUACCAAAUAUGAUGAUUUUGAACCACGACAAGGUACUACUAAGUAUGAUGAUUUUGAAUUCAAGUUAAAAGCUAGCAAAAAGGAUGAUAUUGAACCUAGACCAAGCACUACAAAGUACAAUGAUUUUGAACAAAGACCAAGCACUACAAAGUACAAUGAUUUUGAACCAAGACCAAGUACUACAAAGUAUGAUGAUUUUGAACCAAGACCAAGUACCACAAAGUAUGAUGAUUUUGAACCAAGGCCAAAUGUUUCCAAAUAUGAUGAUUAGCUCUUAAAAAAGGGAAGUCACUGAAGAACAUUGUACUCUUAUCUUUGUAUCAAAUAAAUAACUUGUGUAAAAUAUUAUCAUCUCUGAAUAAUUUCAACUAUCUUUCUAAAAA